UUCCCGUAGGUGAGGGGUUUAUUCGGGCCAAGAGGUAGGGCGUGCCGGCUAGGAGGGGGAACCCCUUAGUCUGGCUUGAUGACCCAUUAACACUUUGCUAUCUUUUCCUUAUCUCGUGACGUUGAUUCUGAGCCUGGAACAGCUGCUGCCAGCCGUGCGAAAAGACAGGAGCAUUUUUCAGGGACAGGGGUGGGGCGCUUGGCGGCUCCUCCACGUAUCCUUUCCCUGUGCAAGCAGCGAGAAGGGCAAGCCUCACCCCUCCCUGGGCCCCAGCCUGGCUCGCCCCGCUGCUCUUUCCCGGAACUCUCAUCACCUUCCAGCAUCCCCCCUCCCACACACACACCCUUUUCCUAAUUCCCUGCCCCCACCCUAAGGGUGGGACAGCCUGACCUUGAGAUGUCCUUGAGGACUGAAUGGCCCAAUCUCUUCUAUCUAAUCUUGGAACUGAUCCUCCUCUUCCCACCAGGGUGGAGGCACACAGAACUUUGCCCUUCUUUGGGCUCUCUCGGAUGAAGGUGGUGGGGUCUCUGGCCCCUCCCCAUGCCCUGGGAACUCUAAAAUCCUCUGGUUGUUCGGUUUUGUUUCUAGGCAAGGUGACCCCCAUGGCAAAGCGCAAGCCAGAUGGGUCCAGCUUCAACAUGACCCGCCUGUCCCUGGCUCUGGCAUUUUCCUUUCCCCCGGGUGCCAGUGCGCAAACCCAACCUCAGCUGGGCACCACCCAGCAGCAGACAGAGUUAGGAAAGGAACUUGCUGCCACCAGCACCAUGCCCUACCCGUAUCCAGCGCUGACCCCAGAGCAGAAGAAGGAGCUGUCGGACAUCGCUCACCGCAUUGUGGCCCCGGGCAAGGGCAUCCUGGCUGCAGAUGAGUCCACAGGUAGCAUCGCCAAGAGGCUGCAGUCCAUUGGCACAGAGAACACGGAGGAGAACCGGCGUUUCUACCGCCAGUUGCUGCUUACCGCUGAUGACCGUGUGAACCCCUGCAUCGGAGGCGUCAUCCUCUUCCACGAGACCCUCUACCAGAAAGCCGAUGAUGGGCGUCCCUUCCCACAAGUGAUCAAGUCCAAGGGUGGUGUUGUGGGCAUCAAGGUGGACAAGGGCGUGGUACCCCUGGCAGGAACUAAUGGCGAGACCACCACUCAAGGGCUAGAUGGGCUGUCGGAGCGCUGUGCCCAGUACAAGAAAGAUGGAGCCGACUUUGCCAAGUGGCGUUGUGUGCUGAAGAUUGGGGAGCACACCCCCUCAGCCCUGGCCAUCAUGGAGAAUGCCAAUGUUCUGGCCCGAUAUGCCAGCAUCUGCCAGCAGAAUGGCAUUGUGCCCAUCGUGGAACCAGAAAUCCUUCCCGACGGAGACCAUGACCUGAAGCGCUGCCAGUAUGUCACUGAGAAGGUGCUGGCCGCUGUGUACAAGGCCCUGAGCGACCACCACAUCUACCUGGAAGGCACCCUGCUGAAGCCCAACAUGGUCACCCCAGGUCACGCCUGUACCCAGAAGUAUACCCAUGAGGAGAUUGCCAUGGCAACCGUCACUGCGCUGCGCCGCACAGUGCCCCCUGCCGUCACUGGAGUCACCUUCCUGUCUGGAGGCCAGAGUGAGGAGGAGGCGUCCAUCAACCUCAAUGCCAUCAACAAGUGCCCCCUCCUGAAGCCUUGGGCCCUCACCUUCUCCUACGGCCGCGCCCUGCAGGCCUCAGCCCUGAAGGCCUGGGGUGGUAAGAAGGAGAACCUGAAGGCAGCCCAGGAGGAAUACGUGAAGCGUGCCCUGGCCAACAGCCUCGCCUGUCAAGGAAAAUACACCCCAAGCGGCCAGGCCGGUGCUGCCGCCAGCGAGUCCCUCUUCAUCUCUAACCACGCCUACUAAGCCAAGGUGUCCUCAGGCCGCCCCCACUCAACACUCCAGGCUUCCGCCCCCUCCCCCCUGCACAUUCACUCUUGAAGAGGGGCUUCAUGUGGGGGUUCCAGGCUGGGUUUCCCAUCACUCUUGCCUCCCUUGUGACUUUGGUUUGUGGUGUUGUCUGUGAACGCUAACUAUCACUUUCUCCAGCCCACUGCCAAUAAACAGCUAUUUAAGGGGGA